AUGAACCACUCAAUUGAAAACAUUGUCCAGCAAGACAACAACAACAUCGUAGAGGAAGUGAAUCAUGUACAGAAGGAGACUCUCAAAAGGAAAAACGUUUGGGUCAUUGAAAUCCCAGCUAAAAUAUUCAAAGAGGAUAUUGAGGACCCAUGUUCAUCCAACGCAUAUCCGACUAAAGAAAUUAUGGGAAUCUACGUUCCAAUGAAACCAGACUAUAGUCGGCUCCCAAAAGGGUUCUCCCUUGGAAAAUUGGCACAUGAAAAAUAUGCGGGAAUCGUCUACUGCGAACUCUAUGACCGCUAUGAGAUCCAAAUUUACUGCCGGCUGUUUGAACAUUUCUCAUAUUAUCCAAUCUACUUGUUCGAUCAAGACAUCUGGAUUCCAGCACACGUUCACGCUUACGCUGAAGUUCUUAAGUUCCGCACUCCACCAAGCGUCUUGAUGGCUGAAGCUCGUUCCCGUCCAACGGUCAACUAA